AUGCGGCGGAACCUCAAAAGAUAUCAGAGAUCCUAUGGAAUAAAGGGGAUCUCGUUCAUGAUCCUCAACGGUAGAAAUGCUGCAAGUUCCAUUAACAAGCUCACAAAGCUGGUUUCCAUUCCUGUUUACCAAGAACCCCAGAACAAAACAUACUGGGAAGCACUGGAUGGCAAGAAAGACGAUAUUCUGUUAUAUGAUCGCUGUGGACGGCUGUCUUCCCAUAUUAGGAUGCCUAAAAGUAACAUGAGGUACCCGCAUGUGUGGAACAAUUUGUUCACUGCCAGUGGUAACCAAGUGUGUGGGAAAUGUACACGUGUGUCUCGAGCCAAAACCACGAUGGCAACAACCAGAACUACACAACAAAGCACAACACCAGUUACCUUGGAAACCAAGGUACCACCGCGAACACGGCCAUAA